GCCAAUUAAACAUAGCGGAAAAUCCAAAAUGACAAAUCCCAAGUUCUAUCCAAAAGAAGAUAAAACCCGUGGGUUGAUAUAUGCAAGGAAAUUCCCAAUAUGAAGGAGUAUGCUAUGAUAUACUCUAAUAUAUCAUAUUAAACAAAUACAUCACUGCCCGAUACUUGAGCAAAGAAGUCCAGAGACCUUGGGAUCAAUAUUUUUCAAGAAGAAUAUGAAGGCGUUUACAUUCCUGAUGCUAAGUUUUCGUUUCAUAAUAACGGUCGUAAACUCUACGAAUUUAAAAGUUGUAGAUGGAGAAUGUGUAUAUUCAAAGAUUGACCAAAUUACCAGCGCAAAGAUUAAUCAAACAACACAGAUUUGUUGCCGGAGAUCCGGUGUCCAUGCGAGAUAUCAAGAGGAAAUGGAAAUUGAUUGUUGUGGUGAGGGAAUUUACAAACCUCAAAUAGAGUUGUGUUGUAACGAGCAAGUGUAUGUAAAGGACCUGCAAACAAACUGUGAUUGUAAGUGUGGAAAAUCAACUUUUGAGAAGGACGAGAAUAGAAUAAAAUCUGGUGCAGCUAAAGGUUACUCACUACGGGCUCAUCAAAACCGGUGGAAAAAGUUGAACAGUUUGGAGAAAAGGUGCAGAAAGAAAUAUCCACGCAACUCUAAAAUUUUGUUUUGCAUCUGGAAACUACGGACAACGAAAUCUAAGAACAACAAACAUAUUUUAAUAUCCAUACUCAGUGGCAACUCCUUUUUUAUAAGAGUUUGAUUUGGAGCUA